GUAGUUCAUCUCGGGCAAGAUGCGGGAGGCAGACGUUUGGCGCAACGUUUCGGAAGCAGAGUUUGACAAUGCGAUGGAGGGCAUGGAGAAGCUCGUUAUGAACCGCUUAUAUGACUACACAUUCACGCCACAAGUAGCGCGGAUGAUCCCUCCUCGGCCAAUAACCUCGGACGACCUUGAACGCGAUCGUGUACUCUCGCAGCGGAUAGCGCUGUUCGGAUGGGUAGAACCACAUCACCUUGACAUCCCGGAAGGACCUGGCUUUGAAGGUUUCCUCAUGUUCGCCCAGCAAGAACUGUUGAAGAUCAACCACUACAAAGCGCCGCGGGAUAAACUUAUCUGUAUUCUGAACUCCUGCAAGGUCAUAUUUGGUCUAAUCAGGCAUAUGCACAAGGAAGAGGGCGCGGAUAGCUUUAUCCCGAUCUUGAUCUGCGUCGUGCUCAAAGCGAAUCCGGAUCAUUUGCUUUCGAACGUCGAGUUCAUCAACCGGUUCCGCAAUCCUACAAAGCUUCAAAGUGAAGCCGGAUAUUACCUGUCCAGCCUGAUGGGUGCGGUAUCUUUCAUCGAGACAAUGGAUCAUACGUCGUUGUCUAAUAUUACUCAAGAGGAGUUUGAGAGAAAUGUUGAGGAGGCAAUCCAAAGCCUGCCGCGAACGUCGCCUCCAACACCUUCGCCCGGCACUCCAGUGGUAGAAGGUCCUAAUUCUCCUGGCGCUUCUAGUGCUUUGCCCCCGCCAUCGUCCCAUACAGGCGAAGAGUCUGCACAACCUUUGUCACUGCCCGUACCAACGCAAGCAUUCAGCGAAGAUGCCCGACGUCUAUUCCAGAAGACGAGCGACACAAUAUCCAAGCCGCUCUCUGCUAUCGGACGCUUACUAGCUGAAGCUGAGGAGUCGCUUGCAUCAUUGGCUCCACUCGACUUCGCUAAGGAGUCGGACUCGCCUUCGAGCUCACGCCCACAAACGCCCGGGUCGGAUGCUCAGCACGCUGCGCAACAACGAGCACCAUACAAGCCCCGCGUACGACGGGUUCCUUCGCCUGCUGUUCCGCAAGCCCCGCACGAUUGGGAUGGCAUGCCAGACGAGACAUCAUCACGACCGCGACCCCCGCCACCGCCGACAAACCGGCCGCUCGCGAUAGGACCGUCGCAACAGCCGCGUGCACAGGCUCCGCGGAUGCAAUUGCUCGUACCGGAACUCCAGACGCCCUCGCGAACGCCGCAGCGGACGCCACAUAUAUCGCGUGCACCGUCUCCGAGCCUUGACCUCGCGGGUGUGCAGGCGGAGAUCGACCGCGUCCAUGAGAAUGCGACAAAUGCAUCACGCGAGACGUUGAAGCAGAUUUUCCCGACGAUGGACGUGGAGGUCAUGGAACUUGUGCUUGAGGCCAACGGAGGUGAUCUUGGGAGAAGUAUUGAGGCGCUGUUGGAGAUGAGCAGCGGGACAUGAGAUGGGUCUGAGGCUUAAUCACUUUAGUUUGUCCUAUCGCAGGGCGACACAUACACACAUAGAUCCGUACUGAUGCACACACACUACAGCCACAAUGAACCAGAUUCGGACUUACUGCACGAUCUACUUGUCGUCCGUCAGCUUGUAUUACCGUGACGCAAGCAUCUGAAACUUCAUCUAUGAAAAUGUCAA